AUGCAGGACCACCUUUCAAGCACAGCGAGCAUCUUGACCUCUCAAUUUUUGACAACUCAGCCAACUCCGAAUUUUUCAUAUUGCUCUGCCAACGCCACGAUUUGCAAUGGCACAUCCUGUGUGCUAUCUACUGAAGAUUACAACAGAGUUUUGAGCACCAUUUUAAGCACCGUCCUAACAAUCUUGUUGGCAAUGGUGAUGUUCUCCAUGGGCUGCAACGUGGAGCUGAAGAAAUUUCUAGGACACAUUAGAAGGCCAUGGGGCAUAGCCGUAGGCUUCCUCUGCCAGUUUGGAAUUAUGCCUCUGACUGGUUUUGUGCUGUCGUAUGCCUUCAAUAUACUUCCUAUACAAGCUGUUGUGGUGAUCAUCAUGGGUUGCUGUCCUGGUGGAACAUCUUCCAAUAUUUUAGCCUACUGGGUAGACGGUGACAUGGACCUAAGCAUCAGUAUGACAACAUGUUCGACUUUGCUGGCCAUGGGAAUGAUGCCACUAUGCCUCUUCCUUUAUACCAAAAUUUGGACAGACUACAGUUCCCUUUUAAUCCCCUACGACAGUAUCGGCAUUUCACUGGUAGCACUUGUCAUUCCCGCUUCGCUCGGAAUAUUUUUUAAGCAUCGAUGGCCCGCAAAAGCUAAAAUCGUACUCAAGAUUGGUUCCAUUGGUGGUGCAGUUCUCAUAGUGCUCAUAGCUGUGGUUGGAGGGAUAUUGUACCAGGGCUCCUGGACCAUCACUCCUGCACUCUGGAUUAUCGGAGCCAUCUUCCCAUUCGCUGGCUAUUCAGUGGGGUUUAUUCUGGCUCGCAUAGCUGGCCAGUCCUGGCACAGGUGUCGUACUGUAGCUCUGGAAACGGGGAUGCAGAAUACUCAGCUCGCUUCCACCAUAGUACAGCUCUCAUUCAGCCCAGAACAACUGGAGCUGAUGUUUACUUUCCCACUCAUCUACAGUAUUUUCCAGCUAAUACUUGCAGCAAUGUUUUUGGGAGUCUACCAGGUGCACAAAAGGUAUUUUGCUGAUCCAGACUUGACCAACGAGGAGAACGAACCUGAAUCAACGCAGGAGCCAACACACAAUAUGAUGAAUGGAGGAUUUACUUUGGAAGAGGGAGGAGGAGGAGAGAAGCACGUGUCAGCGACUCCCAAUGGAAGAGUAUAGCCUUGAGAAGGCUGGCUGGUGGCAGGCUGGGAGAGAAACAUUGGACUGUGGGGAACAAAUCCCUCUUGAGAUGGCCAUGCUGUAUGGUCUGUACUCCCUCCAUGCGGAGUAAAAGUGUAAAUAUGUGAAAAGACCAUAUUUCUUAAAGCUACAACAGUUCCACCCCAUCUUCAAUUCUCCAAAGGAGCACAGACCCUGAAUGGGGACCAAGACACUUGGAAUUCCAUGCACGGCUUGGCAGGGAUUAGGGUGUCCGAUAACACUAUUUAGAAAUAAAUAAAUAAAUAAAAACAUUAAAUAAGUGGCUAACUAUUUAAUGCUCUCCUAUGGCUGUAGAUUAUAAAUACCAUUAAAUCUAAAAUCAGUUGGUUAGAGCAUCAUGCUGAUAAUGCCAAGGUUGCAGGUUUGAUCCCCAUAUGGGGUAGCUGCAUAGUCGUGCACUGCAGGGAACAGGUCUAGCUGAUCCUCAGGGUCCCUUCCAACUCUACAAUUUAUGGCUUCAUUAUCAUUAAUCACCACAUAAUGAUCUCUGUCAAAGAGUUGUCGACAGAAAAUGUUCAGUCCACCAUCUCCUCACCGGAAUUCCCAAUCAAUGAGUUUCAUAGGGAGUAAGAGGUUAUUAAUACCUUUCGUGCGUGCACCUACAAAGUAGUCUGGCCAGCAUGAACACUGUUCAUGCAUGUGCAGAGUCUUGGAGUUGUACAUUCCAAGCCACAGAAGAACUGGGAAAUGACGCUUGAUCGCUUGAUGCAGCUGAUCAUUACAGGGCAGACAAAUUCAUAUUCCAAACUAUUAUCACCAUCAUCAACAACAAUAACAUCACUGGUUUAUGAAUCGCUAUCUAAACAACUAUCACUAACAACUUCAGCAAUACUCCUCUCUCAAAUUAAGCCCUGAAGUCCCUGAACUUUUAAAGCUGAGGCACAUUGCUUUAGCAUCUCCCACUUCACAGAUUGGUUACAGGUGGUCCAUUCUAAGCAAAGAAUGGUGGAUAAUCCCUCCAGUCCAAAUUCAUUGUUUCCAAAUCAUAGGAGCCAACUCCUAGGAGCCAAGAUCCCUUGGCCCCCCAAUAAAUUAUUUGAGGGGGCUUGUCUCCCCAAAGUUGAUAGGCACUGCCAUUCAAAUGGAUAUGCAGACACCGCAUCUUGUGAUUACUUGGGCCCCCUCAAUAGUUUAUUCAAGUUGACACCUCUGAUUCAAAACCAAUGCUGCUUUUUCCAGGGAGAAAAAUUGUCUACUGUUUGUGGAAUGCUCUCCCCAUGGAGGUUUGUCUGGUGCCUUCAUUGUACAGUUAUAUGCAUCAGGCAAAAGAGUUCCUCUUCAACCAAGCCUUUGGCUGAUGAACAGUCUAUGACCUUUUAAAUGUGUUUAUGGGGGGGGGGGUUAAUGGUUUGUUUUGUUCUUGCUUUUAUUAUGUACUUUGUGGUUUUAUUCUGUCUUUUUAUGCUGUAAAUCUCCCCGAGAUCUUUCUGUGAAGGGCAGUCUACAAAUUUAAUAAAUAAAUAAAGAAAAAUAAAGAAAUACUGUAGACAGA